UCUUUCUGGAAAUUUUUAGCAUAACAAAGUAUAGGGUCGAAUAUUUAAUGAAAAUUUUUUAUGAAACUGGUGAGUUUCCUCAGGAAGCUCGUGGAGGCGACCGUAAAUCUAAAUUGUAUGCUGCAAAGAAAGAAUCAGUCCAUCGUUUUAUAGAAAGUCUGAAAUGUAUAGAGUCGCAUUACUGUCGGAAAAGCAAAUACUCGGACAGAAAAUACCUAACUUGUGAUUUAAAUAUUACAAAACUUUAUCGGAUGUAUAAAAGUGACCCACAAAAUGCACAACUUGGAGUAAAAUUAUCAUAUUUCCGAAACAUCUUCAACACUGAAUACAAUAUAGGGUUUGGCAUACCACAAACAGAUGUUUGCUCAAAAUGUUUGGAACUUAGAGAAAAGAUAAAAAGGGAGCAAGACGAAAAUAAAAAAAAAGUUUUGAUGACAGAAAAAAGGGUCCAUUCUAUGCGGGCAAAAUCGUUUUUCGAGAAUCUAAGAGAUACAACACCAGGUCUGAAAAUAAUAUUUUUUGAUUUUCAAAAAAAUUUACCACUACCCAAAGUUCCCGAUCAGUCAUGUUACUAUAGCCGACAGUUAUACUUCUAUAAUUUUGCAGCUGUAGAGGGAUCUUCAAAAUUACCGUUAUGUAAAGAUCGUGUUUUUUCCUACUAUUGUACGGAAAACGAAUUUGCGAAAAAUGCAAACUUAGUGGCAUCUGCCGUUUAUGACCGCCUUUGUAAAACUGAUAAAACAGGCAUUACAAAAAUACGUUUAGUUGCUGAUGGGUGCGGCGGGCAAAAUAAAAACUGCAUUUUAAUAGGAAUGUGCUCCAAAUGGCUCUUGGAAAUUCUUAACAUUAAAGUUUUAGAAGUUAUAUUUCCCGUAACUGGUCACUCUUUUAUGCCCGCCGACCGUCUUUUUGGAGUAAUUGAAAAAAAAUUGCGCUUGAUCGAAGUUAUACUGCACAGUUUAUGACUGGAAGACAACCGUCAAAGAUGUGGUAAAACCAACUACAAGUUGGAAUGUUAAAUUUAAUGAGUGCAAAAGAUUCAUAUUGCGUCGUUCAAAAAAACGUGAUAAUGUACUUGUGAGGGGCGAAAUAUAUUAUAAAAGCGAUAUCGCCACUCCACAGAACAUUUGUAGGCCAAGAAAAACUAUUGGUAUGAUUAAUCCAAUAAUACUGCCCAGUACUGUGGCAGUUAAUAAAAAUAAAUUAAAUGACGUGAGCAAAUCACUAAGCAAACAUUUUGGUGCGGAAUGGCAAGACUUACAUGAUUUAAACUUUUAUAAAGAAAUACUGUCAAGUCAGGAAGCUUUUCAAGAAGCAUCUCAUCAAGAUACUAAUUAUUGUGAUGAGGGAGUCGAGGAACCUGACGUACUUCGUGUCUAAUUUUUUUUUGGAUAAUUGUUUGUCUCUUU